UUUCUCACUUCAAACCAUGACCGUCGAUUUAGUAACAUCGUCGCCGCUGGGACCGGCGGCAACAGAUCAAGACGCUAAAGCACUCCAGUUCAUUGAAGACAUGACCAAAAACUGUGACUCCAUUCAGAAAAAUGUUUUGAGUGAAAUUCUAACUCAAAAUGCCAAGACUGAAUACAUCCAAAAAUGGAACCUCAAAGGCGCCACUGACCAGAAAACUUUCAAGUCGAAAGUUCCAGUCGUGUCGUAUGAGGAUCUCCAGCCGUAUAUCCAGCGUAUCGCCGAUGGUGAUCGGUCUCCCAUCCUCUCCUCCCACCCGAUUUCCGAAUUCCUUACAAGUUCUGGGACAUCUGCCGGAGAAAGAAAACUUAUGCCGACCAUUGCGGCGGAGAUGGACCGCCGGCAGAAGCUGUAUAGUCUUCUCAUGCCUGUCAUGAACCUUUACGUGCCCGGUUUAGACAAAGGAAAGGGUCUAUACUUCCUCUUCAUAAAAGCCGAGACCAAAACCCCAAGUGGUUUAGUGGCCCGGCCCGUUCUCACCAGUUACUACAAAAGCCCACAAUUCAAAACCCGGCCCAAUGACCCAUACAACAUCUACACCAGCCCAAAUGAAACCAUCCUUUGUGUCGAUUCCUUCCAAAGCAUGUACUCCCAAAUGCUCUGUGGUCUCAUAUACCAUCAACAAGUCCUCCGUUGCGGUGCGGUUUUCGCUUCCGGUCUGGUUCGGGCCAUCAAGUUCCUCACAAUAAACUGGAAACAACUUGCCCUUGAUAUCGAAACCGGGUUCCUGAACCCGAAAAUCACCGACCCGGAUAUCCGGGUAUGCAUGUCGAAGAUUCUGAAGCCCGACCCGGACCUGGCCCGGUUCGUUACGGCCCAGUGUUGUGAAGGGAAAUGGGAAGGGAUUAUAACCCGGAUUUGGCCCAAUACCAAGUACCUUGACGUCAUUGUUACCGGAGCCAUGGCCCAAUACAUUCCUAUUCUUGAUUUUUACAGCGGUAAUUUACCUCAAACUUGUACAAUGUAUGCUUCCUCUGAGUGUUACUUUGGGUUAAAUUUAACCCCUAUGGUUAAACCCUCUGAGGUUUCUUAUACCAUUAUGCCUAAUAUGGGUUACUUUGAGUUCAUCCCACACGACUCGGUCAACUCGGUGUCCAACUCGGAUGACUCGCCGCCUCAACUCAUUGACCUUGCGGACCUCGAACUCGGAAGGGAGUAUGAACUCGUGAUCUCGACCUACUCGGGUCUCUGUCGUUAUCGGGUCGGAGACAUUUUACGGGUCACGGGUUUCCACAAUUCCGCCCCGCAGUUCAAGUUCAUUAGAAGGAAGAAUGUUUUACUAAGUAUCGAUGCGGAUAAGACCGAUGAAACUGAGUUGCAAAACGCGGUUGAAAAGGCUUCGGAGCUAUUGAAGGCAUUCAACACUGCGGUUGUGGAGUACACGAGUUACGGGGACACGAAAACAAUACCGGGUCAUUAUGUUAUUUACUGGGAGUUGUUGGUGAAAGAUCCGGGUUAUGGGCCGAGCCAGGAGGUGUUGGAUCAGUGUUGUUUGGCAAUGGAAGAUUCCUUGAAUUCGGUUUAUCGACAGAGUCGAGUUGCGGAUAAUUCUAUUGGUCCGUUGGAGAUUCGUGUUGUGAAGAAUGGUACGUUUGAGGAGUUAAUGGAUUAUGCAAUAUCCCGAGGUGCAUCUAUAAAUCAGUACAAAGUCCCGAGAUGUGUUAGUUUUACACCUAUCAUGGAACUUUUGGAUUCUAGGGUCGUAUCGACCCAUUUUAGCCCAAGUGCACCACACUGGGUCCCGGAACGACGUUUCUAAUAUGCAAAUGUUCGUGUCGAAAGUGAUGGGCGUAAUGUGAAGUUUCUGGAAGUGAUGGAUCUAAUAUGUAGGUUUCGAAAGUGAAGGGGGCAAUGUGCAAAUUUCGAAAGUGAAGGGUGCAAUGUGUAGGUUUCAAAAUGAAGGGUGUAAUGUGUAGGUUCAGAAAGUGAAGGGUUCGUAGGUUUAGUAAGUGUUGUAAGAAUUUGUGAUUGUUAAAAAGGCGAUUUUGUAUCUUGCUUUUAGCUUAGUAAGUGUUGUAAAAAUUUGUGAUUCACUUGUUUUUA